AUGAGUAGUGGCUCGUCUGACUCCGGCUCUGAUGUGGAGAUGGAUGAGGAAGAUUUGCUCGAUCUUGAGGACUUGGAUGAUAAGAUUGCCACAUUGAAGCAGCAGCUGGCCGCUGAACCCUACAACACCAAGCUACACGCUGAACUUUGCUCGGUUUUGCGAAAGAAUGGCGAUUUGGAAGAGCUGGAAGCCGCACGAAAUCGUUGGAACGACAUUGCGCCGCUUCCCGUGUCUGAGUGGAUCAACUGGGCAAAGGACCAAAUCGGUGUCAAAGAUGACAAGGCCGACGUGGAGGCCGUCUUCAACAAGGCGUUUUUGGACUUCAACUAUGGCGCCCUCUGGAUUGAGUAUGUGCAGUGGGCUUGCGGACACGGCCCUGAAUACGCGAGAAAGGUUUUCGAAGCGGCCAUCGUGGCUCUUGGCCUGCGCUUCGAUAGCGGAUAUCUGAUCUGGCAGUCCUAUCUCGACGUGGAGAACCUCUUGCUCGUGGCAUCUGAAGGCAGAAAAGAGGCGGAUAUCGCGAGGAUCGUUGACAUCUACAAACGCGCUCUCAGGAUCCCCAGCAUCAAGCUGGCCGAUCUCUUCGCUAGCUGGCAACAAUUUGGUAAUAUUCUUUGUUUGAAAUUAAACGUUAAUUUCGCCUCCGAAAAUACCGUGGAUGAGGAAACGCAGACUGCUGUCAAAGCCAUUUAUGUCGAAACCGCUAAAAAGUCGAAAGACCUGAAUGCACUGGAGACCAAGCUUGCGCAGGCCGAGAAGCCAAUGGCCGUAUAUGAUGAAUAUUUGGCAUAUGAGAAAGAAUCACAAGACAUUGCGCGGAUCGAGUCGUUUUUUGAGAGGGUCGUCGAGAAUCAACCGGACAACGAGAAUGUCUGGUUUAACUACGGGCAAUGGUUGGAGGAAAAGCUGAAAAUUCCCUCGAAAAUCCGUUCCCUCUACGAGCGAGCCGUCCGCAAUUGCUACUAUUCAUGCGGACUGUGGCAAAAGACACUGCUCGCCGUCGAGGGGGCAAAUGGGUCCGAUGAUGAACUCGAGGUCCUGUGGAUCAAGGCGAAGGAAUGUAUCUCAUCAGCUGACGAUGCCCGGAUUCUUUUCCCUACUUAUGCGUAUCUCCAGCGACGGCGCGGCGAGGCCAACAAGGACUACAGUGCGGCUGCCAAAAUUUUUGCCGACGGACAGGAGUUCAUGCGCCAGAGAUGGCUGUAUGAUUGGGAUCCCGAAUUCACAUACCGACGCAACUACGCCUGGUUCGCCUUCACACGUCUCGACGACUACAAGCUGGGUCACCGGAUCUGGGAAGAUAUUCUGGCUUCUGGUGGCGGGCGAUUGGCGGAUCAGUGGCUUACGGCCAUACGCGACGAGCGCCAAUUUGGAAAAGACCCCGUGACAGCACGAAAAAUGUUUUAUCGGGCCUUGAACUCCGUCUCCGACCACCCGCAGAAGAUCUACGCGGCUGUGGUGCAGUAUGAACGUGAGGAAGGGACGUUCGAACAGCUUCAACAUGGCCUAGAAAAGGUCAAUGCUCAAAUCAUGCAGCGCAAGGAUCGACCUCAGAAGAAGGAGCGCGAGGAGAAGAAGCCUGUGGGGAAAGGGGCGCCAAGAACAAGGGACGACUCGAAUGGGCCACAACGCGGUGGUAGCGCUGGUGAAAAGCGGAAGGCUGAUACGCACACGGGUUCGCCGGUGGAGAAAAAACUCCGCGCCGAGCCGCCGAUCGCUACGAAGGCCAUUUCGAGCACGGCACCCGUCAUCAAAGACAAUGAUGGUUUUGUCGUCCCUGGGCUACCCGUCCGAUCUACACCACCGGCCUCACCCUCACCCGACGCGAGUCAUCCAGCUGCUGGCCCGUCAAACGAUGGCUCGAAUCAGUGGAUCGUCUUUGUCAGUAACCUGGACUUCAAGUGCCCGGAAAGCGCGAUUGAAGAGGUGCUGAACCCGGGUGUUGUCAAGGUCGACCUCAAGUACCGCGGAAUGAGCAAACUCAACUCUGGAUUCGGCUCCGUCGUCAUGGACUCGCAAGAAAAUUAUGAAGCCGCUUUGAAGAAAGAUCGUACCCUGAUCGGCUCGCGCCCACUCUACGUCAGCAAACACACGAAGAAGGACAAAUCCGAUGACGGUGCGUCGUCCCUGGGCACUGCACCGGCUUUCAAGUAUGCCACCGGACUCGAGCGGAACAAAUUGUUUGUGAAAAACGUUCACUACAACACCAAGGAGGAUGAGCUUAUGGAAGUGUUCGCCCAGUUCGGAAGGGUGCUCGGCGCACGCAUUGUGACCCACAAGAGCGGCCAAUCAAAGGGCAUGGCCUACGUGGACAUGGAAAACGAGGAGGCGGCCAAGAAAGCGAUUGAAGCAAAAGAUUUAGUGCUAAGAGAGCGCGCACUGGAAGUCCUGCUAUCCAACCCGCCCAAGAAAUCUUCUGCCCCAAUAUUCAACCCGUUGAUGCGAAAAGGGCAUGCUUCUCUGAUCCAGCUUGUGCCUCGCUCUACCCGUGUGGCGCCGACCAACUCGAAUAAGACGCCUGCAACUGGUGCACCCUCGGCGGCCGGCAAAAUGUCCAACGACCAAUUCCGGCAGUUUUUGAAGAAA